AUGCUAGUACCACUAGGUGCUGAAAUGUCCACCAAUAUCCGUGUUGGUCAGUUUCUCGGUGCUGGAUCCGCUGAAGGUCCAAAAUCGGUCAUAUCCGUCGCACUGGUAUCUGUUUGGGUCCUGACCUCGAUGUUCGCAACAGGGGUAAUAUUACUAAGAUGGCAACUUCCGAAAGCGUUCACAUCAGAUAGCGCCGUCAUCGAAUUGGCCGCCAAUUUGGUGCCCAUAAUCGCCGUCUUACAAAUAUUUGAAGCAACAUCGAGUGUGUGCAUGGGAGCUAUUCGUGGAGCAGGUUUACAAUUCAUCGGCGCGGUCACUUGCUUUUGCUGCCAGUAUUUGUUGGGAGCAUCUACCGCAGUGCUGCUUGUAUUUCGAGCUAUAUCCGGAGUAAAAGGAUUUUGGAUUGGUAUCACUGUGGGGUUUUUGUCCCAAGCGAUUGUUGGCUGUGCCAUCUGCAGCUGCAUUGAUUGGAAGAAACAAGUAGAACUGGCGCGCAAGAGAACGAAAGACGGUUGCAUGGCAAUUCCGGAUGAAAACACCGUAAAUGGCUACAGUUCAGCUAACUCCAUAAUGGAUCGCUAUAAUGAGAGUAAGUUGUUCCGUCUUUAA